UAAAUAACAAAACAAACUGGUGUCAAUAGAAAAAUAAAUCUACUUUAAUAUGAAACAUCUUAAAAUAAACAAAUUAUUCAAUUAUAUUUUAUGUCAAGUUUAAUUAUCUACGAAAAAUUGUAAUUACAUCUAGUAUCAUCUCUUUCAUAUCUUUUAAACUGCAUUUGUUGUAUUAUUUUUAGUGAAACACAAUGCUAACUCUUCUAUCAUAAACAAAUGUUUACUUCUGUUUUGAUAACAUAAUUUUACUGUAAACAAAGAGAUUCGGUUAUGGAUACAGAAUCUAAAGGCUUUGGUCGAGUUACUCUUAAUUGGUCACCAGCGUCUGAGAUUAUCUGGACCAAUGGUAGAGAACUUUUACAAUGUAUUGAUUACAGAGAUGAUUACUAUAAAUCGAUUGAAGAUGUCUCCGUAAAAAUGAGGGAAAGAGCCUCUCAAGAUUAUGGCCUUAAUGAAUCAUAUGUUCCUGAUGAUCCCAAACUUCGAUCUCUAUGGACUUGGAUAGAAUCUGCUAAAGAAAUGUCUUCAAAGAUGUCGACUUCGGACAAAAAUGAUAAACUUAUUGGUGUUAAACAGAUCCUUUUUGGUCCAUCUAGUGUUGAUGAUUCCAGUUUAAUGUUGAAAAAGAGUGACCUUAACUAUGCGCAAUGGACUGAUCUACCUUCUAACACAAAAAUACCUGUAUACAAAAGUGAUGAGCGAAGUCACGCUCUUUACCUUUGUGGCUGGGGUGAAAAACUAGACGCUCUUAUUGAUAAUCUCAAAUCUAAAGCACAAUAUACUAGAGCUGCUGCAAUCUCGGUGUUUAAUUUAAAAAUGAGGAAAGCGAUUGAUUGUUUAAUAUCGGGUUCAUCAGCUCCAACAGAGAAUGGCGGUGAUCCUACUUUGUCCACGGUAGCUAUGGCCUUAUCUGGUUAUACUGGAGAGAAAAAUUCGCUAUGGAGAGAAAUGUGUUCAGCAUUUCGAUCUGAACUGAAUCAUCCAUAUUUAAGAGCAAUUUUCAGUUUUUUGACCUCAGAAACUGAAACAUACGAAGAAAUUGUUUACGAUCAAUCUCUCGAAUUAUCUGACCGUGUUGCCUUUGCGGUUACUUUUUUACCUGAUGCACAAUUACAAUAUCAUUUAGAUGCAUACACAGCCUUGUUGGUGGAAAAUGGUGAUAUUGAUGGUCUAUUAAUGACUGGAAUCACUUCUGAAGGAUUAGAUCUACUCAAUCAUUAUGUUGAAGCAACAAGUGAUGUUCAAACAGUUUCCUUUGUGGCCCUACAUUCACUACCUAGUCACCAUCAUAAAGAUCCUCGAGUACAAUUAUGGGUAGAAAAUUAUCGUAAUAUUCUUGAUUGUUGGAGACUCUGGCAUAAAAGAGCUUUGUUCGAUAAUGAAUGGUUCAAAAGGUUAGAUUAUGAGCAAGUUCCAGGUCCUCAAAUGUUUGUUAGUUGUAACUAUUGCGGUAAAAGUGUUUCCACAAUUCAUACUUUACCCACCGCUAGUAAUGCUAGAACAAUUGGAAGCAGUGGAUCGGGAACUGGAGCUAGUAUCAAUAAUCAGCUGAGAAACAGUAUGGAUCAUCUCCAUUCAUUAACCAAGGUGUCUUCUGCAGUUCAUAAAGCUCGAAUACAAAGUUGUCCAAAUUGUCGUAAACCAUUACCAAGAUGUUGUAUUUGCUUGACACAAUUCGGAACUCCUACUAGAUUUUCAACAAGAUCAGAUUAUUCCAAUACUUCUAAUGAUCCAAAGAAAAAAAUUAAACCAUUAAAUAGUUGGUUUUCUUGGUGUCAAACUUGCCGUCACGGUGGUCAUGCUAAACAUAUGAUGGACUGGUUCAUGGAGCAAUCGGAAUGCCCUGUCAGUGGCUGUCCUUGUCGAUGUAUAUCUCUUGAUACAAUAGAAAAUUUUCAAAGUUGAUAAAUAAAUGAAAUGAUUUUAUUUGCUGAA